CCAAGGUUGAUGCAAUAACAAAUUCACAAUGGAAAAGUACCAGCAUGCUGUGUUUUUUGAGGCAAAUAAUUCUUUAGAUAUAGCACAACUACAAAAGUACUUUCAAAUCAAGAGAAAAUCUGGAGGUGGAGAAUGUGAAAUCCUUAAACUUGGUGCCAACACUUACAAGAUAUAUUUUAGGGACAAAGAAGCCCAGAAAAGAGUUCUGGCCCAGAAAGAUCAUGUCAUCAAUUUACAAGGACAAGACAAGCUCUAUAUUUCUUUAAGAUCUGACGAUGUUGCUGAAAGCGAUAAACAGACUAAAGCUUCUGAUCAACAGAUGUGUGCUAGUGCUAAACAUAUGGAGAAGGUUUUUAAUGUGGACCCAUAUCUGCUACGCUACCUCAGCGAAUGUAAAAAUGCAACUUCAGAUUUGAACCAACGUCUCUCUAAGCUCUCCAGCUCCUUUCAUAUCCGCACAGACUCUGAAGAGUUAGUGGUGGUAACAGAACAGGAAGAUAAAGAUAGCUGUUCCCUAAAUAAAUGGCAUUUCGCAGUUGAGGAAGUUUUAAAAGAUAUUCAGAAUCACUAUAUUCUCCACUUUGAAGUUGAAACAGACAGACUAGAAAUUCUACAAGAAAACUCUUUUCUUUUUAAUGAGAAUUUAAUGAGAAUUUAAUGAAAUAUCAUGAAAAAACCUUAACUGUUGUGGUUGGAAAGCGUGAAAAUGUGGAAAAGAUUACAAAGUUUAUUGAUGCAUUGCAGGCCAAACAGCAGGAUCAGAGAAAGUAUCACAUAUCAGAGAAACAAUUUGCCCUUGUAAAAGAACAGUUUGAACAGAGCAGAAAGUCUAGAUUCUCAAAUAUUGAGAUUAGUCAAGAAAAACCAGGAACUGUGAUUUUGAAGGGUCCAGAAAAAGAGGUUGAUGCAGGAGCAAAAGAGCUUUUGAAUUUAGUGAAGGGAAUUGAAGAAAAAAGGAUCCCAUUGCAUCAUACCAUUAUUACCUUCCUAGAAUCAAGUGGUGGUAUACAGCUCUUCCAAAACCGAUUUCAGCAGAGCCUCCGCAGCCCAGUUAUGCUUGAGAUUGCAGGUUUAGAUCUUCUUCUGUUGAGUCUUACUGAUGGAGCACUAACUGAGGCAGCUGCUGCUGUGCAGAGAGACAUGUGCUUUGAGAGUUUAUGCCUGGAGAACAAUGAAAAACAGUCAACUGGAUUUAUUACGCUUAAAGACAAUUUGAAUGAAGCAGUCCAACAGGCCAAUCGUGGAGGUGUGAAAGUGGAUGUUGCCUUCAAGGAGAGAUCGAAUUCGAUUAACCCCAGCAUCGACGUGGAAAUUGUGGGCUACACUCAUGAAGUAUGUAGGCUGAAGGACAUCUUGCUAGAAUACAAAACAAAUAAUGAAAAUAUCCAUCAAUCUCUGCCUCUUCCCAUGCCAGAGAUGGCGGAAAAAAUAAAUGACAUUUUGUCAUUCGUUGGGUUGAAGAGCAGUACGGUGAAAAUAAAUCCAGCAUGUUCUCCUUUUCCAUGUGUCCAACUCACGGGACCUCGUUGUGAAGUUGAAAGACUUAAGAAAAACAUAGAGACAUCUCUUAUGGGACUUGUCAGUAAGCUAUAUGAAGUGAAUGGACCUGGAGUUCAAACUUUUUUUCAUGAGGAUGGUAGUGAGACUUUAAAAUUAGCAAAAAAAUCUUAUGGGGUACAGAUUUUUCCUGUUCAAAGAACAAAGAAAAGUGUUCAAGUGCCCACAAAUGCAAGCACCAGUACCAGUCUAUACAGCCUACCAGUUGUACCACGACCUGAUUGUGGCCCAAAACCAAUGGAGGUGGACUACCUUGACAAAGAUGUGCAUAUUCAAGUUGUGAUUGGUAGGCUUGAGGAACAGCAGGCUGAUGUGUUUGUUGCUCCGAUGAUAAAAUCGCAAUUAACCUCAACCAUGGUCGGAUCGUGCCUGUUAAAGAAAGGAGGACAACCGUUCCAGACUAAUUUUAACAAUGCCAAGGGACAGAGUACACUUACACCUGGAGAUGUGCUGGAGGUUGAUGGGACACUAACUUUGGGAUGCUCCAAGGUUUUUUUCAUCGAAUGUGUGCCAAAGAGUGCAGAGGCACUCCAUUCUGGACUCGCCAGAGUUUUAACAUUAUGUGAGCAGCAAUCCUGUGGUUCACUUGCAUUACCAAUAAUUGGACCUGGUUUGGCGCUGUCAAUACCUGUCAACGAUGCUGUAAAUAUUCUUACCAGAGAGAUUACCAUAUUUUUCUCUGGAUUCACUGGUUCUCUCCAGAACAUUUACAUUACCAUAAUGCCCAAUGACACUCAUUCUGAAGAGAUGUUCCAAACAGUCUGUGUGGAGCUAAGUGCAAAAAUGGUGGACAACACAGGGCAAGCUCUUUUUAGUUCACUUACCACUGACCUUGAUGAGAUUGUCACGGCAGAAUCUGGGACCCAGGUCCAUCUAGUGUUUGGCGACAUAACCAAUGAGACUACUGAUGUCAUUCUCAACACUACUAACUUCACUACAACAGACUUCCAGACAGGAGUGUGUAAGGACAUUCUCACUAAGGCAGGACCACACAUCCAGUCUCAACUGACAGGGGCUCAGGUCCAGAGUGGAGAGAUCUUUAAGACUCAGCCAGGAGGCUUUCCCUGUAAGCAGAUCAUGCAUGUGUGUGGACAGAAAAGUGCCAGUCUAAUCGAGACUUUGGCAAAAGAAAUAGUUGUUCACUGUGAACGUGAUCACUACCAGUCAGUGGCCAUACCUGCUAUCUGUGCCGGAAAAGGAUGCAUGGACCCAAAGGAGGUGGCCAAGUCCAUUUUACAAGGAGUAAAGAAUGGCAUUCAAGGAGCUAAUCUCCGAUAUCUCAAAACUGUUCGCAUUGUUCUGCUGAAAAUCAAUGUUUUCCUGGCAUUCAAAGAAAUGGCACAGCACAUCUUGGGCAUUAAUACACAGUUGUCAGUUCCUGGAACUCUUGCACCUACCCGUGUUACCACCAGAGGGCGCAGUUUAACCACUGGAGGGCGGGAUGCAACCACCACUAGAGCAAGCCGAUCCCUUUCAUUACCUAUAAGAAACAACAUUAAUUUGCUUUUGUGUUUGCCUGUAGCAUUGGCCAAGGCUGAAUUUCUAGUCAUUGGACAUACUUUUGAUGAUGUGUCUAAUGCAUGCACAGCACUGAAAUGGGGAUAUGAGAACCAGUGUUCUUCUCAGUCUAUCUCCUCUGAAGAUAUUAAUUGUCUUAGUGCUGAUGAGAUUAACCAGCUUAACUCUAAAGUGAAGUCACUGCACUUGCACAUGCAAGAGACCAGCUCUGGUCUCUAUGAAGUGAUGGGGCAGAAAGAUGGAGUCAAGGAGGUGGCAGGACUUAUUCAAGGUGCACUGCGCAGACAGCUAAGAAAAAUGGACCAGGAAAACCUUUAUGGCCAAGUAACAUGGUGCAUUCUGGGACAACGGGGCCUUUGGCAGAAGUUAUCCAAAGAUAUGAAUUAUAAGCUUGAAAAGGGGGAUGUAAAAAAUGGAAUUAUGGAUGCACAAGGUGUGAAAUGGACUGUGGAUUUGAGAAAUAUGGUGGCCAAAGCAAGUGGGACAAGAAAGAAGACCAAACUUAAACGACUAGAGAACCAUUCAGAUUAUUCUAUACCUAUCUAUUGGGACAACAUGACUCCAGAUGAGCCCGUAAAGGUCAUUAACCUCGACCAAUCAUCUACAGAGUACCAGAAUGUAAAGGCAGACUUCAGGAAGACUGUCAAACAAACAGUUCUCAAGAUUGAACGUAUCCAAAAUGUGCAUCUUUGGCGGUCAUAUGAGGUACGUACAAAAGAACAGGAGAACAGGAAUGGUCCCGACGGAGCAGAAGAGAAGAUACUUUAUCACGGCACAACAGAGGAAGCCUCCAAAGCCAUCAUGGACACCAACUUUAACCGUAGAUAUGCUGGGCAAAAUGGAACCGUGUAUGGAGUGGGAACAUAUUUUGCUGUGAGUGCUAGUUACUCUGCCAACCCUCAGUACUCGAUACCUAAAUCAGAUGGCACCCAACUCAUGUUUGUGGCUCGUGUACUUACGGGUCGUUACACUCAGGGUCAGGGCACCAUGAAGGCACCUCCUAAUAACUUUGACAGCGUGGUAGACAAAACACAGGACCCCACUAUGUUUGUGGUUUUUCAUGAUUGCCAGGCCUACCCAAGCUACCUCAUCACUUUUAAAUAAGCUCCACCUCGGACUUUACCAACACCUUGUUUUCAGUUAAAUGUUCUGCCAGGAUAAUAUAUCACUACUGUGUUUACUUACGUUAAAACCCCUUUACAAAUAUUUCUGUACCUCACACCUCAUAUUCUUCACACAUGAUGAAUAUGCUUUGCAAAAUAUGUAUAUACGUAGCAAACAAAGCAUCAACGUUAACCUAUAUUUUUAAUUGCUAAUGCUGAUAUUUGAAAACUUAAAUAUACCAUUAAUUUGUAAAAAAUAAUACAAACCAGCCAUUAAGAGGUCAGCAUUGGUGGUGAGACUUCAUAAAGGAAGAUCAUAAACGGGAUUAUUUUAGUUGGGAGUUUUUAGUCACAAUACAAUUCCUAUAACACUGAUAGAUCAUAGGAUAUUAAUUUCUUAAAAGCAACCUGUGUGUGUGCGUGCGUAGGAUUAGGGAACAAUUGAAUAUAUGUAACAGCAUUACAAAUGUAAAGAACAUAAAUCAGAUUUCUGUUACAUUUACAUUUAUUACAGACAAUUUGAGGGAAUUUGUUGCUACGGAUAGAUCUGGGUAGAACCAUACAUGAAUUUCUAAAUUGAUUUCACUAUUCUAUUUCGUUUACCUCCUUUAUUAUAUCAUUCCAUUUAUUAAUAUUUCCAAUAUAUAUUUACUAAUCCUUACUAAGUUUUAUGCAUUCAUUACAUUUAAUUUAUCAUAUCUUCGUUUAUCAUAUACAAUAUAUAUAUAUUCAUUUAUCUUGUCAUUUUAUUAUUCACUUUUAUGUAUUUUUAUUAUGUGUUAAAUUUUGUCCUUAUUUUUAAUAUUGUUUAUCUUCUAUUGGAUGCUGUAUUGUCUUUUAUGCUGAUAUGAGUAUACAUUGGUCUCAAUCUCAAGGUUCAUUUUAACGUCACAAGAUUAUGUUUUGAUACCAUGAUUUUACAUGGUUUAUAAUACCUAUUGAAUCUGUUUCUUGUCAGAUGAAGUUGGACAGAGCUAGAUUGAGCAUUGAAGCCCAACUCAACAUAACUUCAUCUCCUGCCUGCUGUUCUUCCCUUUAUCUCUGUAUCUACCUGGUGAUUGAUUUGAAGUAUUAACUCACAACAGAGUUGAUAUUUUCAGAUUAAUAAAUUAUGUACUAUCA